AUGAGACAGGAGGGGGAAACCUGUUUGCCACCAGCCCCGCUCGGCCACUCGCUCCCUCACGCCUCCACCCCACGCCACUUCCCUGACCUGCCACCUGUGCCCUUAGACUGUCCUCCACCUCUAACCGGAGCACUGUCCCCUUCAUUCCCCCUCAUGACAGCUGAGGAGGAGGAGGUCCAGUUUGGUGGCACCGUAAAUGAGACUCUUUUGCCAUCCCUCGCUGGUGAGGAUGACACAAGGUCAUCAGAUUCACUCUUUGGCUCAUUCGAGAUUACUAAUUCCACCAGCUACUUGACAGACUUGGCUUUGGAUGACAUCUUUGAGGACAUUGACACGUCGAUGUAUGACUCCUCUGACAUUUCUGUCCUGGCGUUUCCUGUGCAGAGAAGCAGCGGGGUGGACGAUGGCCUCAAGAGCCUUUCCAGCUGCACCUCCAACAACAGCCUACAGCUCUGUCUCUCAGACAUCAACGACCUGGACCACAUCAUGGAGAUCCUUGUGCGCUCCUGAAUCACGGCUCGCACUACAGUGUCCUCAUUCAGCCAUCCCAGUGUUUUCUAUGGGAAAUUAAUAAUACAAUGCAUUUUCUUUUUUAAAAACAAACAAACAAAUAUUUUAUCUAUUUUUAUACAAAGGACUGAUAUAUUUAUAUAUGAAAAAAGGAAACUGCCUGACACACUCUCACUGUAGGAUAAAUGCACAUUUUAAAGACUUUUUCCAGAUGGUCGAGCUUAAGCUGCCAUCCUUCAUAUUUAAGCAAACUAAGAUAUGAAUAUGCAGGGACUUCGGAAACAAAUACAACGUAUUACCAUUGAUGCUUAUUUAUAUUGGAUAGUUGUAUUUAAAAGAAGAUGGAAGAAAAGUGGAUUGUUAUGGAUGCUCCUCCUUAGCUUUUGAUAAGCUAAAAGACAUUUAUUUUUUAUUCUGUAAAAUGCUUGUAUUCUGAAGCAUUACAUUUAACUGUCAGUAAUUAUGAUUAUCAGAUCAUGUCAUGCACAUGCAGCACUCACUCUACCUCUCAAGAUACCAAGAGCUCUUACUCUAUACAAAGACUGUCAUUGUUACAACUGUAUUUUAAUGGUUUCUCUCCAAUAACUUUCAAAACUGCUGAUUGUUUUAUAUAUGCCUCUCUGUUCACAGGAAAGUCUCUCCUCAAAUGUUAGGAUUCAGUCCAAAGCUAUAUAGCUGUAGAAGAAAGGCUUUUGUCUCAAUCUUUCUAUUCAAAAUGUUCUUUUUGAAACAUUUCUUACUUUGGUUUCAGAACGAGCCAUUGCUUGCAUAAAAAGUGAUCUGUAUUUUCUAAUCACUUGGAAUUUAAUCCUAUUUCUACUUUUCACGUACAUGAUUGUCAGUCACACAGCCACCAUCGAAUCCCUCGUAUGAACAUAGUGCCUACAACGGAGAAUGAAGACUGCCGACGAUGAACUGCACACUGGACCCGCGCAUAGACUUGCCUGAGUUUCCUGCUCUAUGCCCAUGAUGCUCUCUAAGUGGGUUGUUUGUCACUUUUUUGAGUAUUUAGCACGAUCCUCUGUCCUCUAAAGAAGCCAUUACCCGAAGUUAAAGCAAUCAGCUCCUGUCACGUGGAGAGCUGUGCUAGUGGUGAAUGCUACAUUGAGAGUUUGAGCUGGUUCGCAUUGGUGCGCUCACAGCAAGCCCCACCCCCAGUGAACAAGUGGAAGUGGUUCAAUUUGGUUCUUCCCUUGCCUAUGGAUAGCUCACUUUGAUCAUUAGUGGCUUGAGACAUUUUACGGUCUGAAUUUUAGUUAAAUUUAGACAUUCCAGCUAAAAUACAUAAGAUAUUUAUAUAAUAAAAAACAACAACUAAUUACAGAGUUUGAGGUUGCAGCAGAGAAGGGCUUUUCGUUUUUUGGUUGAAACUGAUGUGCUCGUCCCUCUUUAAACUCAGGCUUGCAGACACCCCACCCUGCCUUUCCCGCUCACAAGACACAUGCACGGCCACAGAGAAAACCUGACACUAAAGAAGUUUACACUCAGAUUUUAGGAAACUUGCUCGUGUAAGAUGGUAACCUUAAACCAGAGAGAGACUUCAUGAUGAGACCAUCGGCGUUGCAUUAGCGACCUGUUUUUAUUGCUGAAAGCUGUGGAUCUAAUGAGUGUGUAACUUUUUAAGCUUUGUAAGCUUGAUCAGUUUUUCUUUUUGUGUUGUGUAUAUACAUUUGUAUUUAUAUAUUUUACUUGUGUUUUGAUCUUUUUAUUUGUUGUUGACUAAAGAUCAUGAGAUAAUAUAUUGCUUUUAU